UGUUCUCUUUUGGCAAUUUUCCCAAUUAAAUAUAACAGAAGGGAAACCGAAAACUAAAUGCACACACCUAAAUACACCCUCCAGUUUUGAAUUUCAUUUCAGUUUAGUUUCCAUGGAACAAUCUGGUACACUAGUGAAAGCUUUGUUGAAGAACACGAACAAUCCGAGAUUAGCAUGGAGACUCUACAAGAGAAUCUUCUCUUCUCCUUCACUAGAGAGCCACGCCACAUCUCUAUCCGCCGCACCCACCAUCGCUCGUAUCCUCGUCAAAGCCCAAAUGCAACAAGAAAUCGACGAGCUUCACAGCCUCAUCCUCUCCUCCUCACUCCAAAACGCGAAAGCCUCAUCCUUUCUCUCCGUCGUCUCCAUCUUCGCGAAAUCGAAUCACAUCGACAAAGCAUUCUCUCAAUUCCAGUUCGUCCGGUCACAUUUCCCUGAGAAGGGUCCCGGAAUCUAUUUGUAUAACGUGUUGCUUGAAGGUUGCAUCAAGGAGAGGCGUGUGGAUUUCGUUUCGUGGUUGUGUAAGGAUAUGGUGAUCUCUCGGAUUGCUCCGCAGACUUAUACGUUCAAUCUCUUGAUCCGUGCUUUGUGUGAUUCAAGUUGUGUGGACGCUGCACGUGAGUUGUUCGACGAAAUGCCUGAGAAAGGUUGUAACCCAAAUGAGUUCACUUUCGGGAUAUUGGUUCGUGGGUAUUGUAGAGUUGGUCUCCCUGAUAAAGGACUAGAGCUGUUGAAUUCAAUGGAGAGUUUUGGGGUUUUGCCCAAUAAGGUCGUGUAUAAUACCAUUGUUUCGAGUUUCUGUAAAGAAGGUAGGAACGAUGAUUCUGAGAAGCUGGUGGAGAGGAUGAGAGGGGAAGGUUUGGUUCCUGAUAUUGUGACUUUUAAUGCUAGGAUCUCGGCGCUUUGUAAAGAAGGAAAAGUUCUGGACGCGUCUAGAAUUUUCAGGGAUAUGGAGCUAGAUGAGUAUCUGGGUCUUCCUCGUCCCAACAGGAUAACGUACAACUUGAUGCUGAAAGGGUUCUGUAAGGUAGGGAUGCUGGAGGAAGCUAAGACCCUCUUUGAGUCGAUCACAGGAAAUGAUGAUCUUAGUGGUUUGCAGAGUUACAAUAUUUGGUUGCAGGGAUUGGUCAGGCAUGGGAAGUUUAUAGAGGCUGAAACAGUCCUUAAGCAGAUGAUUGAUAAGGGAUUAUGGCCAAGCAUAUAUUCUUACAAUAUCUUAAUGGAUGGAUUGUGCAAAUUAGGCAUGCUGUCCGAUGCAAAUGCUAUCGUUGGCUUAAUGAAAAGAAAUGGUGUCGUACCAGAUUCUGUAACUUAUGGCUGUCUUCUACAUGGUUAUUGCAGUGUUGGGAAAGUCGACGCAGCUAAAAGCUUAUUGCAGGAGAUGAUGAGAAAUAGUUGCAUGCCGAAUGCUUAUACUUGUAAUAUUUUGCUCCAUAGCCUUUGGAAGAUGGGGAGAAUGUCUGAAGCAGAGGAGCUGCUGCGAAAGAUGAAUGAAAAAGGCUAUGGACUAGAUACUGUCACCUGCAACAUUAUAGUUGAUGGACUCUGUGGAAGUGGCGAAUUAGACAAAGCUAUUGAGAUAGUUAAGGGAAUGCGGGUGCAUGGAAGUGCUGCUCUUGGUAAUCUAGGAAAUUCAUAUGUGGGACUGGUGGAUGACAGCAUGAUCGAGAACAAUUGCUUGCCUGACCUGAUCACUUAUUCAACUUUGCUUAAUGGUUUGUGCAAAGCCGGAAGGUUCGCUGAAGCAAAGAAGUUGUUUGCUGAGAUGAUGGGAGAGAAACUGCAACCGGACUCUGUGGCAUACAACAUCUUCAUCCAUCAUUUCUGCAAACAAGGGAAAAUAUCAUCUGCAUUUCGCGUUCUCAAAGACAUGGAGAAGAAAGGUUGUCAUAAGAGCCUAGAGACAUAUAACUCACUGAUCCUGGGGUUAGGCAUACAAAAUCAGAUAUUUGAAAUUCACGGAUUGAUGGAUGAGAUGAAAGAAAAGGGCAUUUCUCCUAAUAUCUGCACCUACAAUACCGCAAUUAAGUAUCUUUGCGAGGGAGGAAAAGUUGAAGAUGCAACUAACCUCUUAGAUGAAAUGAUGCAGAAGAACGUAACCCCAAAUGUCUUUUCCUUCAAAUAUUUAAUUGGAGCGUUCUGUAAGGUCCCGGACUUUGACAUGGCUCAAGAAGUUUUCGAGACUGCUGUAAGUAUCUGUGGACAAAAGGAAGUCCUUUACAGCUUGAUGUUCAAUGAGUUACUUGCUGCAGGGCAACUCUUAAAGGCCACAGAGUUGCUUGAAACUGUUUUAGAUAGAGGUUUUGAGUUGGGGGAAUUUCUAUAUAAAGAUCUUAUUGAGAGCUUAUGUAAGAAGGAUGAGCUAGAAGUAGCUAGUGGAAUUUUGCAUAGGAUGAUAGAUAAAGGAUAUGGGUUUGACCCAGCAGCAUUGAUGCCUGUGAUAGAUGGCUUAGGUAAGAUGGGAAAUAAGAAAGAGGCAAAUGAAUUUGCCGAGAAGAUGAUGGAAAUGGCUUCAGUUGGUGAAGUAGCAAACAAAGUCGAUCCAAAUGCGAGGGAUUUACAACAGAAAAAGCAUAAUAAAUAUGGUGGAAAUAGCUGGCAGAACAUACUGCACAGAGAUGACGGCAGUGGAAUUGCACUAAAAUCUCUGACAAGGGUUAAAAAAGGAUGGGGUCAGGGGGAUAUAUCAAGCUUUCAGCCUCCGAGAGUUGACUACUUAGACUACUGGGAGGAUGAUGAGUAGAGAUAUUGCAUGUCUCGGUUUUCUUUCUGAUGGGAAAGUUUAGCUCACGGUCAAGCACAAAUUUCUGGGGCAGCUCAUCAAGGAUGAAAAGGCUAGUCUCAGUUGACAUGUACAGGUAAGAAGAAACUAGAAGUUGAAAGAACCUAACAAAAUCCAACUCUAAGGACAAUGAAACAAGAAAGAAAACUGUUGGUCCAAGAUAUGAUGUAAGAAAGACGUUUUCAAGGGUACUAAAAGUAAAUAUUGCAUUACUGGGCGGUGAACGCAUGUGGCAAGACCAAGCUGGUGGAGAAAAAGAGGGGAAAGAGCCGCCCACUUUCGUAUUGAAUUUGAAGCCAACUUUGAAUUUUUGGGUCAAAGGAACACAACCUACGUAAUUGGAUAAAUAUGUAAGCUACUACUAUUCUUGUGCUUUUAGUUCGCACAGUUUCUGGUUUCUAGAACAAUAGGAGUUUGAUUGGUA